CCGAUAUUGUAUAUCAGUGGUUACUAGUGGCAAGUGCUACACACAUCUCGUAUGCUGGAAUUUUCGCCAUGUGUUCACGAUUGUUGUUACAUUAAAGUUUUCGGACAAUUUAUGCUUUAAUUCCGCUUGUUCAGGCAGAAAUUCUGAAGUUCAUUGCGUGAAAAUUCUGAACAAUGAAUUUUAUACCCUGUACAACAUGGGUAAAAAGAGGAGUAGCAGCGGCAACUCCUGAUAAGGUUCAACUUACUCCUCAAGAAUUGGAGCAAAUCAUAAAACAAACUCAGUCAGACCUUAAGGAUGUCGAAAAUAGUUCAGAUGAAUCUGACGAAGAAUCUACGACUUCAAAAAAAUCAAAAGUCAAAAAAGAAAAAUCCACCCCCAUUGACGAAUCCAUGGAAGAUGAUGAAUACAACUUUGACAAAUAUGAUGAAGAAGGAGAUAAUACACACUGUAAUAUUGGCGGAUUAGCUGUCAUCAACGAAGAUGGGACGGAUCCUUAUGUGACGAUACCAGAUAGUGGAGAUGAGGAUUCGGAAAAAGAGGAUGAUGUUAUUAAGCCGGAUGACAAUCUUGUUUUGAUAGGGCAUGUUGAAGGAGAUGCCAGCAUCCUUGAAGUAUUUGUGUACAAUGAGGCUGAAGGAUCAUUCUAUUGUCACCAUGACAUUUUAUUGCCAUCAUUUCCUUUGUGCUUGGAAUGGAUGAGCUUCGAUCCCAGUGAUGCGAAACCAGGUAAUUUUUGUGCCAUUGGUAACAUGACUCCCAUUAUUGAGGUAUGGGACUUGGAUCUAGUAGACUGUUUAGAGCCAGUAUUCAAACUUGGCUGUAAGCCAAGUAAGAAGAAAAAGCAGAAAAGAAUCGGUCAUAAAGACGCUGUUCUUGAUGUAGCAUGGAAUUGUAAUUACACUCAUGUGUUGGCCAGUGGUUCGGUAGAUCAGACCGUACUUUUAUGGGAUUUAGAUAAUGGAUCGCCAGUUACCAAAUUGAGUACGUUUAACGAAAAAGUACAAGCUAUCAAGUGGCAUCCAAGUGAAGCUCAACAAUUAUUAACAGGCUGCAGUGAUAAAUAUGCAAGAUUAUUCGACUGUCGUAGUGAAAAUAAUUUCAAGACUUGGGAGUGCUCUGGUGAAGUAGAACGGGUCUUAUGGAAUCACUUCGAUCCUACUUACUGUUAUAUAAGCACCGACAAUGGAACGAUUUUCUACAUAGACACCAGAAAUGAGAAGCCAUUGUGGACAGUAUCUGCGCAUGAAAAAGAAGUGACAGGUUUGAUUCUCAGUUCUUCUUGUCCUGGGUUGUUGGUUAGCUGUUCAACUGACAGUUGUUUGAAAGUUUGGGAUGUUAUCAGUAACGAAAAGCCUGAGUUGGUGUGGGAAACAAAGACAAACUUGGGAGCAUUACAAUGUUUGGAAGCUAGUCCAAAUAGUCCGUUCAUGUUUGCCACUGGAGGCGAUAAUAAAUCACAUAAUUUCAAACUAUAUGAUCUUUUAGAAAGUACUUUGGUAUCACAAAGGUUUUCCGAACGACCUUUGGUAAAAAUCAAGUGUGAAGAAACUCCAUCAGAAGUUAUAUUUAAUGCAAAGAGUAACACAGGCGAGGUUAUGGAUGUUACCGAAGAAAUGAGUUCGAUGGCUCUGGGUUCAGCACCACUUAGUAAUACGAAUAAAAAGAAAAAGCGAAACAAAAAAUGAACGUAUUUAAAUAUAAUGUAACGUUAUCUCUGUUGGUUUGCAUUAAAUAUUACCUAUUUUGUA